UCACUCAACAGUAAAAUUCGUAGGCCAGUGCUGAAUGCAGUCGAAUUUUCUGCGUUAUGUCACAUAGAUCUAGAUCUAGACUCUAGAUCUUUAGUGUCUAGACUAGAUUAUAUUGUAAUUAUGCAGCUCUUCAGAUAUUUGAUAAUUCCAACAAAAAGAAUAACAUUUGCUAGUAGAUCUAGAUUUAGCACCAUUAAACAAAAAUCUAGACGUAGCGAACAUAAUCUCUCAGUCUCAUCAAUGACAUUGCUAAGCCAACAUAUUUGGCUCAUUAGCCCUUGUUCACAAAGUUUUUGUUAUAAUACGAGUGCAGUUAAAAAAAUGGAAACAACUAAACUUAAUGAAAUAGCAUCAAAAGUAAUACAAAUAAACUCAAAGUUUGAUGUUAUGGCAGCCUGCAUUCCUAUUGGAACUAUUUCUGACCUCUUAAAAAGUCUUUUUGAAUUGGGAUUUUCUGAAAAUGGAGCUGUCAAUCUGCUAACAAGAUCAACAUGGACAACUAAAAAACCUGAGCUUUUAGUUUCCAUUCUAGACAUUUUCAAGUCUUACAACUUGGCUGUGGGUACCAAGAUCCAGAUCCUAGAAAAUUUACCCCUGGAGUUCAAAGAGGAAAGACGGCCUAUGGAAGACUUACCAACUAUCUUCAAAUCCAACUUGGAUGGACUGAUAAAAUUAGGUUUCUCAGAGGAUCAUCUCGAUGCUAUUUUAUUAUCUUCGCCUCAGACCCUGUUCCUAGGUUUCGAACACAUCCUCAGCAUCAUGGGCAAGCUGAACGGUUUGGUGGACACUAAAGUGGAUGUCCUUGACCUGGUCACCAGGUGCCCCCAUGUACUUGUAGAGGAUUGGGAAGAGACAGUGAGGAAGUUUGAGUAUGUGUAUUAUGAAAUGGUUUACGAAAUCGAAGAAAUAGCACGCUCUUCAGUUUUCAAUCGCACUUUUGAUUACAUCAAAGACAGGCAUAUUUAUUUAACUCACACAGGAUACUUUAUCAAAAUUAAAAGAAAAGAUGAUGAGAGAAUUGUAAACCCAAAUCCUCCCCUAAAGACUAUCCUGGACUGGCAUGAUCACCAGUUGGCCAAAAUGUUUGGUAACUUGAGCAAAGAAGAGUAUUCAGUUUAUUUAGAAAUGAGGAAAUUCGAAAGAGAAGAAGAAAACAGUGAAUCAGAAUCUGAUGAUGAAACAAGAUAAUCCAACAAAUACAUAGAAAUGGACAAAAAGGGAAGAAAAACUUUAGAUAUGUUUGAAUUUCAACUGUCACAGAUAAAGUGUUUACAUAAACACAAGAACAUUUUUCUAAAUAUAGUUUGUGCUAAUAACUGGUACAUUAAAUGUUAAUGUAAGAUUCUUAA